UUUGCUCUUAAAGCUUUGCCUCCCAAUGUCGAACUUGUACCUUUGACGGAAGAGCUUAUGCCCGCAUUCAAACGCUUGAACUCGACCCUGCUACCCAUACCCUAUCCUCGAGAUUUCUAUACCGAGACUAUGCAAGAGCCUUUCCACGGAAUUACACUUAUGGCAUUGUGGCAUCCACAACCAGUGAAAAAUGAUCCUUCUCUCGCAGCGGGAACCCCGAAACUAGUAGGCGCCAUCCGGUGUCGCAUCCUGCCUUCGUCAACCCUUUACAUAUCGACGAUUGGUCUCCUGUCUCCCUAUCGAUCCUACGGAAUCGCAACUCAUUUGCUGCAUAAUAUCAUACUUAAAGCCUCUGAAGAACACGGUAUAAAGAGUGUGACUGCACACGUAUGGGAAGCAAAUGAUCUUGGUCUAGAAUGGUAUAAGGCAAGAGGCUUCGAGGUCAUUGGGGAGGAAGAGGGAUAUUAUAGGAAAUUGAAGCCAUCUGGAGCUAAACUUGUGAGAAGAUGGAUAGGACCAAGCGACUUGUUAAGCGGCGCUACCUGA